AUGGCCAAGGUUAAGAAGGGCGGCAAGAGCGACGAGAAGGCGGCCAAGGCAGCCGCAAAGAAGGCAAAGCAAGCCAAGAAGGGUGAAAAGAAGGCCAAGACCAAGGCUGCGAAGCUCGAGGGCAGCGAUGCUGAGGACGUGGAUCUCGAGCAAGUGCUUGAGGAGUACAAGAGGCAGCAGGAGCAGUUCCUCAAGAUCACCGAGACUGUGGCUGAGGCGCCCCCUAAAGCUCGUUCUGCCUCCACACUCAUGGCCUCGCCCUGUGAUCGCAACAAUUUGCUGCUCUUUGGUGGCGAGUACUUCAACGGUGCAUUGGCGCAGUUCUUCAAUGACUUGCACAUCUACUAUAUUGACCGCGAUGAGUGGAGGACCGUGACGUCGCCGAAUGCGCCGCUGCCGCGCUCCGGACAUGCGUGGACUCGGGCUUCCAACCCGAACCACAUUUACCUGUUUGGCGGAGAGUUCUCCUCGCCGAAGCAGGGUACUUUCCACCACUACUCGGACUUCUGGCGCCUGGAGCCUGCCACGAGAGAAUGGACAAAGAUUGAAUGCAAGGGCAAGACACCUCCGGCGAGAAGUGGUCACCGCAUGACAUACUGGAAGCAGUACAUCAUUCUGUUCGGUGGUUUCCAAGAUACGUCAAACCAGACCAAGUAUCUCGCCGACUUGUGGAUCUUUGAUACCCAGAACUUCUCGUGGUUCAGCCCAACGUUGCCUCCGGCUCAGUUGAAGCCUGACCCUAGAUCAUCCUUCACACUGCUCCCCCACGAGCAGGGAGCGGUCCUCUACGGAGGCUACUCCAGAGUCAAGGCCACGGUUGCAGCCAACAAGCAAGCCAAGGGCUCUGCUCAGGGGCAGAGGAACAUCCUGAAACCCAUGGUUCACGAUGACUGCUUCUUCCUCAGAAUGUCUCUGCCCGCUGAAGGCUCACCGGCCACCGCCCCUCCCGUUGUCCGCUGGGAACGACGCAAGAAGCCUGCCAAUGCUCCUAACCCCAAGCGAGCGGGUUCCACCAUGACAUGGCACAAGGGACGUGGCAUUCUGUUUGGAGGUGUGCAUGACGUGGAGCAGAGUGAAGAGGGCAUAGACAGCGAGUUCUUCAGGGAGUUGUUUGCAUGGAACAUUGAGCGUAAUCGCUUCUUCCCGCUGGUUCUCCGCAAGGCCCGUCAACAAAAGAAGCAAGUCGUUGAACAGCGCGGUGGCCGUCGUAAUAGAGCCCAGGAUCGAGAGGAGGAGCUUCUCAGACAGCUAGCCGCUCUGGAGACGGGCAAGUCUUUGGAGGACGCCGAGGACAUGGAGCUUGACAAGAAGGAGGAGUCCGAGGAGGAAGUUAAGCCUUUGAGGGAGAUGCCCAUCACCAUGGAGCUACCUCAUCAGCGAUUCAACGCCCAGCUUGUCGUCCAGGACGAUGUGCUUUACAUCUAUGGUGGCACGUUCGAGCAGAAGGAUCGUGAGUUUACAUUCGACGAUCUAUAUGCCGUGGAUCUUGGAAAGAUGGAUGGAUGCAAGGAGAUCUUCAACAGGCCCGUCGAGGACUGGAUCGAUUCCGAGGAUGAAGACGAAGACGACGAGGACGACGAAGAUGAUGAAGAUUACGACGAGGAUGAGGAUGAGGAGAUGGAGGAAGAGGAGAAGCCGACACUGCACACGGAAAGCAAGCGCAAGAAGAAGGUCGACGAAGCGUCUGUUGCCGGUUCUGAAACCACCGCGGCGGCAUCCACGGAGGAUGACGAUACAGAGGCCACAGAGGAGACUGUCGAUGACGGCCUCCCUCAUCCUAGACCUUUCGAGUCCCGUCGUGACUUCUUCGUGCGUACCACCGCGGAGUGGCAGGAGAUUCUUAUGACCAACUUGCGGUGGAAGAACAUCCAACCAGAGACACUCGCCAUCAAGGAAAUCAAGGCGAAGGCUUUCGAGCUCAGCGAGGAGAAGUGGUGGGAUUGCCGAGAGGAGAUCACGGCUCUGGAAGAGGAGCAGGAAGCUGCUGGCAUCCAGGAGGUUGUAUCGCUUGCUGAGAGGGGCGAUGCGUCUGGUGGUGCAAAGAGACGAUGA